UGAAUUCUUAACAUCUGUAUUUUCAGGCUGCCCAAUGUUUUGAAAAAGUGCUGAAAGCCCAACCCGGAAACUACGAAACAAUGAAGAUUCUCGGCUCUUUGUAUGCCAGUUCUUCGUCACAAUCGAAGCGCGACAUUGCCAAGAACCACUUGAAGAAGGUCACCGAGCAGUUCCCGGACGAUGUCGAAGCAUGGAUUGAGUUGGCUCAGAUCUUGGAACAGAACGAUCUGCAAGGUUCGCUGCAAGCCUACGCAACAGCUACCAAUAUUCUUACGGACAAGGUCAAGGCCGACAUUCCGCCGGAAAUUCUGAACAACGUUGCCGCGCUUCACUAUCGUUUGGGUAAUCUGAAUGAGGCGAUGACUAAGUUGGAGAUGGCCAUUGAGCGUGCCAAAAUCGAAGCGCAACAUGAUUCACAGUACUACGACUCGAUUUCCGUGACAAUGACAUACAACCUGGCCAGAUUGAACGAAGCGAUGGCUUCGUUUGACAAGGCGGACAAGCUCUAUAAGGACAUCCUCAAAGAACAUCCCAACUACAUCGAUUGCUAUCUUCGCUUGGGUUGCAUGGCCCGAGACAAAGGAUUGAUCUUCGUGGCUUCCGAUUUCUUCAAGGAUGCCUUGAAAAUCAACAUGGAAAAUCCGGACACGCGUUCGCUGUUGGGUAAUCUCCAUUUGGCCAAGAUGCAGUGGACUCUCGGGCAGAAGAACUUCGAGACGAUUCUAAAGAAUCCGGCCACUUCAAGUGACGCCUACUCGCUGAUUGCGCUGGGCAACUUUUGGCUGCAGAGUUUACACCAGCCGAGCAAGGAUAAGGAAAAGGAGAAGAAGCACCAGGAAAAGGCCCUGGCCAUUUACAAGCAGGUCCUGCGAAACGAUCCGAAAAACAUUUGGGCCGCCAACGGUAUUGGUGCCGUGUUGGCGCACAAGGGCUGUAUCAUCGAGGCGCGUGACAUUUUUGCUCAGGUUCGUGAAGCUACGGCCGAUUUCUGCGACGUAUGGCUGAACAUUGCACACAUCUACGUGGAGCAGAAGCAGUACAUCAGCGCCAUUCAGAUGUACGAGAACUGCUUGAAGAAAUUCUACAAGCACAACAACGUAGACGUUAUGCAAUACCUGGCCAGGGCAUAUUUCCGUGCCGGCAAACUGAAGGAGGCCAAAAUGACACUGCUGAAGGCACGUCGUGUCGCCCCGCAGGAUACGGUUCUGCUUUUCAACAUUGCCCUGGUGCUGCAGCGUUUGGCCAUGAUGGUUCUGAAGGAUGAGAAAUCCGUUCUUAGUGUUGUCUUGCAGGCGGUUCACGAGCUGGGUCUCGCUCACAAAUAUUUCAAUUAUCUGUCGAUCCAUGGAGAUAAGACGCGUUACAAUAUCACGUUGGCCGCUUCGGAAGCCAGCCAAUGUCAGGAUCUGCUCCAGCAGGCACAGUAUCACGUGUCACGCGCCCGAAAGAUCGACGAAGAAGAGCGAUCGUUGCGCCAGAAGCAGGAACAGGAGCGCGAAGAAUUCAAGCGUCGCCAGCGGGAAGAACGUGUACGCAUGGAAGAGAUGCGUCGCAAGGCUCACGAAGAUAUGAUGGCCAGGCGUCAAGAAUACAAGGAAAAGACCAAGAAUGCUCUGUUCUUCGUCGAAAGUGGACCGGAUCCCACGAAGAAGAAAGCCGGCCGUGGGAGGAAGGACUACAUUUCCGAUUCGGAUGCUUCCGGACCACCUGGCAGUGGUGGAGAGGAUCGGCCUCCGAAGGAACGGAAACGCAAAGAACCGGGCGAGAAGAAGAAGCGAAAACCAGGCGCUGGGCGUAAGAAGAAGGAGAAAGCUCCCAAGGGAUCCGGAUCGGAUAGCGAAGAUGAAGCACCGAAGAAGCGUGGCCGCAAGAAGGGUUCCCUGGGUGCCAAAAAGCAAAAGCAAAUGGAAGACGGAUUAUCAUCCAAACAGAAAUCCAGAAUUGUUUCCAAAGCCACCGUUUCGACCAGCGAAUCCGAUAGUGACAGAAGUCGUCUUAAAAUUGCCAGUGGUGACGAUUCAGGUUCCGGUAACAGCGGACCAGCGACUAAGCGCAAGCGGAGAAUCGCAUCCGGUUCGGAAAGUGGUUCCGACAGAUCGCGAUCGCGGUCUCGUUCGAAAUCCGGAAGCCGCAGUCGCAGUGCUUCCCGUUCGGUAUCUCGCUCAAAGAGCCGUUCUCGGUCCAAGUCUGGAAGCCGUUCCCGUUCGGGUUCCAGAUCCCGUUCGGGCAGUCGUUCCCCAUCCCGUUCCGGGUCAGGUAGCCCCCAGGCUUCACCCAUAUCGAGAAAGUCCGUUUCUGGGUCAGGAUCGGAUUAGGUUCAUUCUUGUUGUGAACAUACGUUUUCAUAUGGUAGCGUAAUAUUUUAAUGGACUAUGUCUUAGAAUAGAAGGAAAAUAUCUAGCUGUAAGACUAAACUCUGUCUUCAUUCAACUAACCGAAAUUAUUAUACAUAUUGGAAUACCACAUAGCGAUUUAAAAGAUCCAGGUGAAAAAUUGACUACCGGGAGGUUUACCUCGCCGGUGGGAAUGGAAUGUUCAAGUUUAUCACAAGUGAAACUAAUACUAUAGUGCCGAUUGUAUAAGAGUCAUGAUAUCUGCUGAAUAAAAUUUGACCUAAA